GUUAACACUUGACUUUUAACUUUUCCAUUCUCUCUGUUAUGUAUGAUGAAACUAUUUAUCUACCUUUUAUGUUUUAAUGACCAAGUCAGAUCAAUGGCUUUUAAUAAUCUUAUAGAUGUAAAUUAUUUAUUAUCAAAAUACAUAUACCAUUGGAUGAGUAACAAUGAAUGGACCAACUCGUUCUUCAAGUCGAAGGGCAUUUAAGUUGACUUCAAGCCAUGAUUUAACAGAAAGUGGACUUGUACCUGUACCACCAAAUAUGUUGGAUCAAAGAGGAUAUUAUUCAGACAUUGUGGCCAAGGAAAAUACUUUGUUAGAAAAUGGAGAUGGUGCAGAAAAAGACACCAGUACUGCUUGGAAGACUGUGCAUGAGCAGCAUGCUCCUUAUGCAAAAACAUUCUCAAAUACAACAGCAAAUGAGGAAAAAACACGAUAUGGUCCAUCGACAGCUUCAACAAGAACUUCGGAAUUUCCAUCAAAAGCUUGGGAGCCUAAAGUUCAGGUGCCUUUUAAAACAGAACCUGGCCAAACUCCAAGAAAAAUAGAGAUUGAAAGGCAGAAAAGAUCAUUUAUAAAGCAAGAUCUUCAUACAUUGCUUUUGAAGCAUGGCAUAGAAAAUAACUUGCUUGUGCCUUCUUCAAAUGUGAACAUGAGAGUGGAAAUUGAUCCAUACAGUACAGAAUCUCCUUUUCCCUGUUUCUUGCCAUUGGAUAUUUUCGAUAACACUGAAUAUGAUUGUCGAACACCUAGCGAUUGGUUGAAAUUGGGUGUGGAGGGCAAAAAAAGAAAGCCUGUUCCUGGGAAGGCACUUUUACCAAGCGGAAUCGUUCAAAAUGGCAUCAAAGAAUAUGACUGGAUAACAGUUGGUGUGGUUGAUUAUGAUCCACAAAAACUAUUGUACACUGUUAAACUUAUCGACUCUUACAACCAGAAAUUAAAUAACCAAGCUGGACAUUAUUUUGUUCCAAGAAUUCGACUCAUGUUUUUAGCUGAAAACCCUAAUGUAUUUGUAGCUCGGGUUAAGGAGGCUUAUGAAGCACGAAAGAAAACUGAAGCACUAUUAAGAUAUCACCUAUAUAUCGACUGCAUGCCAACCGACAAUGUUGAAAACAUUGAUAUUGACUCUCUUAGAAAAAUCAUAAAAUGGGCCAGGGAGCCCAAACAUUUAAACAGUGACAAGAGAUUGUCCUCAUCUAUAUACAAACUAAGCAAAGAGAUCCAAUUGGAUUUUCAAAGAUCAAUGAAUAAAAUUAUGUUUGAUAAAAUUGUCCAAUGCAAGCCAGAGAAAUUUCCUUUUGUGGAAAUAGAAGAAAGGGAAAAAGAAGUUAUUCCUGAAACAGGAUUCUACAAUGAUGUACCAUCUUAUGAUUUUGAAAAAAUGUAUCAUAGCUUUUCCUUUAAAUCACUGCUGACAAUGCCAGAAGUUUUAUCUGCGAUUUCAAAAGUUAAAGCAGAGUGCAAUAAAGUUGCUGCAAUGUCAUUAUUUCAAGUACCUAUUACCAAAAGUAUGCGGCUUGAAGAAUUUGAACAAGCACAAGGGCAAGCUACAGCUCAGGUUCAGUUGUUUCUUAAAGACAGUUGGUUAACAACCCUGCGAAGUGCCAUCAGAACAAGUUUGCGUGAUAUUGGAAAAGGAUGGUUUAAUUUAGAAGAAAAUAACUGGGAGGUUUACAAAAUGUCUAAACUGUCUAAGUUGAAUGAACUGAUUAAAUUUUCAAUGCAGGAUUCAUUACGUUAUCUGGUGCAAGAUUCUCUAGAUACUUACACACAAAUGAUUGUAGAUGCCUGUUCAUCAGUUUUAAAGUUGAAAGAAAGUAUGAGUUGGCCUGGUGACGUUAUGAAAAGUCCAUACUUACCAAAGAGAAAUUCAAUUUUCUUACUCGACUUAGUAUUUGACAGUAAUUCCGUUUCAUUUUCAACCGAUCCUAAGAAGUUUGAAAACAGCAUUGUGAAUCUUUUUAAUAAAGGAAUAAAAUGCAUUAAAAAAAUACCACAGCUGGAAAAGAUGGUAAUGGAAAACCUGUUUUGGAGUGGCAGUCCUCUCCUAGAGUCUGUUGGGGAAAAUGAACCUCUUGUUAAAAAGUUACGUGAUACAGUUCAAACAUGCCUGAAACAAGCUGCAAUACCAUUAAUGGCAUAUGCGAAAGAAUACGAAAAAUAUUUAGAGUUGGCUAAUAUGGAUAUCAAUGAAUAUUUAAGUGCAUAUGGCAAUGAGGAGCAUACUCCAGCUCAGGCGAAACAAGAAAUUGAGAUGCAUCUUUCAGAGAAAGAGAAAAUUGAAAAUAGUAUCCCAUCCUAUGUUAUCAUAGGUCCUUUUUGGGUGACAUGCGAACAAGUGCGACAAACACUGUCAAAAAAGAGAAAAACAUUAGCAAACUCUGUUCUUGAAUUAUUAGCGAAGAAACUGCGCUCUCAAGCAGACCAAGUUUGUGAGGUAUUUAAAGUUAUUUCUAGAAAACUUUAUGAUAAGCCAAAUGGCAUUGAAGAAUUGACAGAACAACGAGAAUAUAUAAAAACACUUCCAGCGCUGCUAACAGAAAAACAGGAAUUAAUCAAUAAAGCGAUGGUGGAUUAUGAGUUGAUUGAAGAAUUUUACUAUAGUAUAUCUGUGGAUGAUUUUAAUGCUAAAUGGAGCUGUAUAGCUUGGCCUGGAAAAAUUGAACAACAAAUGGAAACAACUUUAGUCAAUUUAGAAAGUGAUGAAGAGAGAUUUCACAAGAAUCUACUUGCUGAGCAAAAUUUGUUUCAAGACCGUCUUGAUGGACUUAACAUGGUUGUUGCCGGAUUUGCUGCACACACUGAUAUAAAUAAAGCACAUGAAACAGCUAACGAAGCCCGCCGUGUCAACAAGCAAUUAAAAGAAUGUCAAGCACAAUCUCACUUGUUUAAUAGUCGUGAAAGAUUAUUUAACAUGCCGGUUACAAAUUAUGACAAACUUGCAAAGCUCAUUAAAGAUUUUGAGCCAUUUAAAAAUCUCUGGCUGACGACAUCUGAUUGGUUGCGUAAUCAUGAAAGUUGGAUGAACGAUCCUCUAAAAACUAUAGACGCUGAACUGGUGGAAAAAACUGUUAACGAAUCUUUUAAGACUGUACAUAAGUGUUCACGCCAGUUCGCUGAUAUUCCCAGUUGUCAACAGUCUGCUCAAGAGGUGAAACGAUGGAUUGAGGAGUUUAAACCUUUUAUACCACUAAUACAAGCAUUGAGAAAUCCUGGUAUGAGAAAGCGUCACUGGGAACAGCUAUCUUCUGAGCUAGGACAAACAGUCAUUCCAAAAUCUACUUUGACAUUUUCCAAAUGUUUGGACAUGAAGUUAAAUGACCAUAUUGAUGUCAUUGCAAAAGUAGGAGAAAUUGCUGGCAAAGAAUAUGCAAUAGAAGAAGCACUAAACAAAAUGCAAAACGAGUGGGAGCCACUUCUUCUUGAAAUCCACGAGUACAAAGACACUGGUACCUAUAUUUUAAAGAUUCUGGAAGACAUUACUCAAUUGUUAGAUGAUCAUAUUGUUAUGACACAAUCAAUGUCUUUCUCGCCAUAUAAGAAGGCAUUUGAGGACAGGAUUAGUUCUUGGGAAAGUAAACUUGUUAUGACUCAAGACGUACUGGAUGAAUGGAUGGUGUGUCAACGAUCUUGGUUAUACCUUGAACCAAUCUUCAGUUCUGAGGACAUUAAUCGUCAGCUUCCAGUUGAAAGCAAGAGAUACCAAACUAUGGAAAGAAUAUGGAGAAAAAUAAUGAGCAAUGCCUUUUCCAAUCCACAAGUAUUGGCAACAUGUGCAGAUCAAAGACUGCUAGAGAACUUAAGAGAAUGCAACAAGUUGCUUGAACAAGUUCAAAAAGGAUUGAGCGACUACCUAGAAACAAAAAGAACAUCGUUUCCAAGAUUCUACUUUUUAUCUGAUGAUGAAUUACUAGAAAUUUUAUCACAAACAAAAGAUCCCACUGCAGUUCAACCUCACUUACGAAAAUGUUUUGAAAAUAUAUCCAAGCUUACUUUUGAAGAUGACCUUCAAAUAUCACACAUGCACUCAGGUGAAGGAGAAGCUGUUCAGUUCUCAGAGGAACUUUAUCCAACUGGUAAUGUUGAGGAUUGGCUGUUGGAAGUUGAACGAGUUAUGAAAAGUAGCUUAAGAAGCAUUUUAUAUGAUGCUUUGCUUGACUAUUCAGAAAGUGAACGUACUGAUUGGGUGUUACAAUGGCCAGGGCAAAUUGUUAUUGCUGGCUGUCAGACGUUUUGGACCACUGAAGUUAGUGAAGCUUUAGAUGAAGGAAAUUUACCUGAAGCAGCUAAUCAUUUUCGAAAACAACUUUCAGACCUUGUUGCUCUUGUUCGUGGAAAUCUCAGCAAAAUUGCUCGCCUUGUUUUGAGUGCAUUGAUUGUUAUUGAAGUGCAUGCAUGUGAAGUUGUGGAGAAAAUGUUAUCUGAAAACGUCACGAAUGUGAACGAUUUCGAAUGGAUUAGUCAACUUAGAUAUUACUGGGAAGAAGAUCUUCUUAUACGUGCUGUGAAUGCUCAGUUUAACUAUGGUUAUGAAUAUCUAGGAAAUAAUGGUCGUUUAGUUAUAACACCAUUGACAGAUCGAUGCUACCUCACGCUGACUGGUGCCUUGCAUUUAUAUUUUGGAGGUGCACCAGCUGGUCCUGCAGGUACUGGGAAGACAGAGACAACCAAGGAUCUUGCAAAAGCAAUGGCGAUUCAAUGUGUUGUGUUUAACUGUUCUGACCAAUUGGAUUUUAUGGCAAUGGGAAAAUUUCUAAAAGGUUUAGCUACGUCAGGUGCAUGGGCUUGUUUUGACGAAUUCAACAGAAUAGAUAUUGAAGUGUUGUCGGUAGUGGCACAACAAAUUGCAACUAUACAGCAAGCACAACAACAAAAGGCUGAGCGGUUUAUGUUUGAAGGAGUAGAGUUAGUACUUCGGCCUUCGUGUGCAGUGUUUAUUACAAUGAAUCCUGGUUAUGCAGGAAGAACUGAAUUGCCAGAUAAUUUGAAAGCCUUAUUUCGUCCCGUUGCGAUGAUGGUUCCUGAUUAUGCAUUGAUUGCAGAGAUUAGUUUAUUCUCAUUUGGUUUUAAUGAGGCAAAGGUUUUAGCUAAGAAGAUCACUACAACAUUUAAGUUGUCGUCAGAACAGUUAAGCGCUCAAGACCAUUAUGAUUUUGGAAUGAGAGCUGUCAAAACAGUUAUUUCAGCUGCUGGAAACUUGAAGAGAGAGAAUCCAACCAUGGAUGAGGAAUUAAUUUGUCUACGUGCUAUUCGAGAUGUGAAUGUUCCGAAAUUUUUACAAGAUGAUUUGAAACUCUUUAAUGGGAUAGUCUCAGAUUUAUUCCCAAAAAUAAAAGAGCAGCCAAUCGAUUAUGGAAGUCUGGAAGGCUCGAUUAAAACGAGUUGCUUGAAACUAAAUAUUGAAGAAGUCCCUGGUUUUAUUACAAAAUGUAUACAACUAUAUGAGACAACAGUGGUUAGACAUGGUCUAAUGUUGGUUGGACCAACAGGAUCAGGAAAGACAAAGUGUUAUGAAACUCUUCAGAAAGCACUCACAGCAUUAAAGGGACAACUUUCACCUGGUGGAAGUCAAUUUGAAGAAGUAAAAACCUUUGUACUGAAUCCAAAAUCAAUAACCAUGGGACAGCUUUAUGGAGAAUUUGACUUGAUGACUCAUGAGUGGACUGAUGGAAUUUUGUCUUCACUUGUUCGCAUUGGUUCUUCCAGUACUACACCUGAUAAGAAAUGGUAUAUAUUUGAUGGUCCUGUUGAUGCUGUGUGGAUAGAAAAUAUGAAUACAGUAUUAGAUGAUAACAAGAAGCUGUGCUUAACAAGUGGCGAAAUUAUCAAACUCUCAGAUGUCCAAACUAUGAUGUUUGAAGUUCAGGAUCUUGCCGUGGCAUCUCCUGCCACAGUUAGUCGUUGUGGCAUGGUAUAUCUUGAACCUAGCAUAUUGGGUUUGCAACCAUUUAUUAAUUGUUGGGUGAAUAACAUACCUAGAGUUUUAGUCGAUCAAAAGAAGAAACUGUUGGAUUUAUUUGAGAGGUUUUUGCAGCCUUCUCUAAGUUUCAUCCGUAAAAAUGUGAAAGAGUUGGUUCCAUCAAUGAAUAGUAGUUUAACAAGUGGUCUAAUGCGUCUGAUGGAUUGUUUCUUUGAACCAGUCAUUAAGAAGGAGGGUGCAACCAUUUCACCAGAGAAAAUCAACCUUGUGUCAAGUUUAAUAGAACCCUGGUUUAUCUUCUCUUUGAUAUGGUCUAUCGGAGCAACAUGUGAUGGAAAUGGAAGAAAGAAAUUUAAUGAAUAUUUGCGUGAAAAAAUGAAACAGGAAAACAUAGCAUUGCAGUUUCCUGACCCUGGCCUUGUUUAUGAUUAUCAAUUAGAAGAUGGUGGAAUAUCUGCAACAAAUGCUGAUGAUGAUGAAGAACAACAGGAGAUAUGUUGGGUCAGCUGGAUGCAUAAUAUCACUAUGCCUAAAAUUGAUCCAGAGACUAAUUUUUCAGACAUCAUAAUCCCUACAAUGGAUUUAGUGAGAGGGUCAUUUCUUGUGCAUUUGUUGACAACAAAUAAAAAGAAGCUUCUUUGUGUUGGUCCUACUGGUAGUGGUAAAACUUUAUGCAUUGCUAAUCGGUUGUUGACUGGCAUGCCACAGGAAUAUGUGUCAAACUUUAUAACAUUCUCUGCAAGAACAUCUGCAAAUCAAACUCAAGAUAUUAUUGAUGGCAAAUUAGAUAAAAGACGUAAAGGAGUUUACGGACCUCCUUUGGGCAAAAGUUUUGUUCUCUUUAUUGACGAUUUGAAUAUGCCUGCUUUGGAAACAUAUGGUGCCCAGCCUCCUAUAGAAUUGCUACGGCAGUUUUGUGAUCACAAGGGAUGGUAUGACAGAAAGCAAAUUGGAGCGUUCAGAGAGUUGGUUGACGUAAACCUACUUUGUGCAAUGGGCCCACCUGGUGGUGGUAGAAAUCCAAUAACACAACGCUUCACCCGACAUUUCAAUAUACUAUCUUUUUGCGAAAUGGAAGAUGCCAGUAAACAGAGAAUAUUUUCAACUAUUUUACAUAGCUGGUUAAGUGAUGUAAAUAACGAAGAACUGAGUGCUUUAAGUAAUCUUGUCGUUGAUCAUACUAUAGCAGUCUACAAUGUUAUCCAAACACAGCUUCUACCCACGCCUGCUAAGAGUCACUAUACCUUUAAUCUUCGUGAUUUAUCCAAAGUCUUUCAGGGGAUACUUAUGGCAAGUCCUGAUAAAAUGGAAACAAAAGCAGACAUGAUGCGUCUAUGGUACCACGAAAACUGUCGCAUAUUCCAAGAUCGUUUAGUCAAUGAUGAAGAUCGUGAAUGGUUUAAAACUCAACUACAAGAUCGCCUAGUGAAUCAUUUUGAAAUGAAAUUUGAAGAUGUCAUUACAAGGCAACCAUUGUUUUAUGGUGAUUUUAUGAUCCCAAGUGCAGAUGUUAAAGUAUACAAUGAAAUCACCGAUGAAAAUAAGAUGAAAGAAAUUCUUACAGAGUAUUUGGAAGAUUACAACCAAGUAAACAUUUCACAAAUGAAAUUAGUGUUGUUUUCUGAUGCGAUCCAGCACAUCUGUCGUAUUAGCAGAAUCAUUCGACAGCCUCUUGGAAAUGCACUUUUACUUGGUGUUGGAGGAAGCGGCAGACAGAGUUUGACAAGAUUAGCAAGUCACAUAGCGGAAUAUGAUUUAUUUCAAAUCGAGCUAUCAAAAAGCUACGGUAUUACAGAAUGGAAAGAAGACAUAAAGAAAUUGUUGAUGAAAGCUGGUGUUGAGAAUAAACCCAUGGUCUUCUUGUUUGUUGAUACCCAGAUUAAAAGUGAAAUCUUUUUAGAAGACAUCAACAAUAUUCUUAAUGCUGGUGAUGUUCCGAAUAUUUAUGCACCGGAUGAACUCGAUACCAUAUAUACAACUAUGAAGCCAAUCGUUCAAGAUGUGGGGUUACAACCAACAAAAGCCAAUUUGUUUAUGUUGUAUACCAAACGAGUUCGAUCAAACAUACAUAUGGUGAUAUGCAUGAGUCCAAUUGGUGAGGUAUUCCGAGCUCGUCUGCGACAAUUUCCAUCAUUGGUCACAUGUUGUACCAUUGAUUGGUUUUCGGAAUGGCCAGAACAAGCCCUAGUUUCUGUGGCAAACACUUUCAUAUCAGAGAUGCCUGAAGUCGACCCUGAUAAUACUAACGUGGAAGGACUGGUAAACAUGUUUGGUAAAAUUCAUCAAUCAGUGACAGUAAAGUCGCAUAAAUAUUUGGCUGAAUUAUCAAGGCACAACUAUGUUACCCCUACAAGUUAUUUGGAGUUGCUUGGUACGUUUAAAAAGGUUCUUAGUAUCAAAAAGAACGAAAUACUGACAGCGAAGAAUAGGACCAAGACUGGUCUAGAUAAGCUAUUAAGUACACAAACUGAAGUGGCAAAUCUUCAAGAAGACCUAGAAACAAUGCAACCUCUGUUGGCACAGGCAGCCAUAGAAACUGAAGAAACAAUGGUCAUGAUCAAAGAAGAUACAAUUGUUGCCAAUGAAACAAAAGAAGUUGUGCAAAAAGAAGAACAGGAGGCAGCCAGUAAAGCAGAAGAAACGCAAGCCAUUGCUGAUGAUGCACAGAGAGACCUAAACGAAGCUAUACCUGCUUUAGAAGCAGCUUUAGCAAGUUUAAAAUCGUUGAAUCGAAAUGAUGUCGUUGAAGUACGUGCUUUACAACGUCCACCACCAGGAGUAAAAAUGGUGAUAGAAGCUGUUUGUAUAAUGAAGGGCUUAAAACCAAAAAAGAUUGCUGGUGAAAAGAUGGGCACGAAAGUUGAUGAUUACUGGGAAGCUGGAAGAACUUUGCUUCAAGAUCCUGGCAAGUUUUUGGAGUUACUUUUUCAAUACGAUAAAGAUAACAUCCCAGAUUCAUGUAUUUCGAAAAUUCAACCUUACAUCGAUAAUGAAGACUUUCAACCUGCUGCAAUUGCAAAGGUUUCUAAAGCUUGUACAUCCAUCUGUCAAUGGGUACGAGCAAUGCACAAGUAUCAUUUUGUAGCAAAAGGUGUGGCACCGAAGCGUGAACGAUUAAAAUUAGCGCAAGAGGAACUAAUGGAGACGCAGCGACAACUUGAUAAAGCGAAAGCAAAACUCACUGAAGUGGAAGAAGGUAUUGCGUCACUGCAAGCUAAAUAUGAAGAAUGCAUUGCAAAGAAGGAAGAGUUAGAAUUUAAAACCAAUCAAUGCACGGAAAGACUUGGUCGAGCAGAAAAGUUGAUUGGAGGUCUUGGUGACGAGAAAGGCAGAUGGGAAGAAUCCAUCGUUACGUUUGAUCAACGUAUCGAAAGUAUUGUUGGUGAUGUAAUGAUAUCUUCUGGUGUGAUCGCCUAUCUUGGAGUGUUCACAGGGGAAUACAGAAGCGAAUUAACAGAAGAAUGGAUGGAAAAUUUACAAGCAGCCAAUAUUCCUCACUCUCAUAACUGUACAUUGGUUGGUACAUUAGGAGAUGCAGUGAAAAUAAGGAACUGGCAAAUCUAUGGUCUGCCACGUGAUGUCCUCUCUGUUGAUAACGGUGUGAUUGUUGAAUAUUCAAAACGUUGGCCAUUGUUUAUUGAUCCGCAGGGACAGGCGAAUAAGUGGAUCAAAAAUUUGGAAAAAGAGGCCGGUAUCGACGUUAUUAAACUCACAGAUCGUGACUUUCUUCGAAGUCUCGAAAAUGCAAUUCGUUUUGGAAAGCCAUGUUUGCUUGAAAAUGUUGGUGAAGAAUUGGACCCUGCAUUGGAACCGAUUCUACUGAAACUGACGUAUAAGCAGUCUGGAAGUACUGUUAUAAAGCUGGGCGAUGCUGUUAUUCCUUACCACGAGGAUUUCAAAUUUUACAUCACAACUAAACUUCCGAAUCCUCAUUACACGCCGGAAGUUUCCACUAAAGUCACCCUAGUCAAUUUUACCCUUUCCCCGAGUGGUCUCGAAGAUCAGAUGUUGGCGUUAGUGGUUGCAGAAGAGCGUCCUGAUCUUGAAGAAGCCAAAAAUCAACUUAUUGUGAGUAAUGCUAAGAUGAAGCAAGAAUUGAAAGAGAUUGAAGAUAAAAUUUUGCAGAGGUUGUCUGCAUCUGAAGGUAGUCCCGUUGAUGAUGUCGAUUUGAUUAAAACGUUGGAACAAUCGAAAAUCAAGUCACAAGAGAUAAAGGCUAAAGUGAUAGUUGCAGAACAAACAGAGAAAGAUAUUGACGUCACUAGAAGCCAGUACAUACCGGUCGCUGUGAGAACGCAAAUAUUGUUCUUCUGCACGUACGAUCUAGCCAUGAUUGAUCCCAUGUACCAGUAUUCGUUAGAUUGGUUUAUUGGUAUAUUCUUGAAUGGAAUACUGAAUGCUGACCAAGCAGACAACAUCAAGCAACGUAUUGAAAACAUCAACAAUUACUUCACGUACAGUUUGUACACCAAUGUUUGUCGAAGUUUGUUUGAAAAACACAAGCUUCUAUUCUCCUUUCUAUUGGCUGUUCGAAUACUCAUGAACGAGGAUCGAAUAAACAUGGACGAAUGGCGAUUUCUAUUGGCUGGUGGUGCCAUUAUACCACAAGAGAGAGCCAAUCCCGCUUCAGAUUGGCUGUCGGAACGCGCGUGGAAAGAGAUCUUGAUAUUAUGUAAUCUUCCGAACUUUUCCAGUUUUGCGGAUGAUUUUAAAUGUUUCGUGAACGAGUUUAAAGAGAUUUUUGACAGUCCGGAACCUCACAGACAACCCCUACCCGGAAGAUUAUCCGACAGCUACGAUGCAUUUCAGAAGUUGCUAAUUCUUCGUUGUAUUCGUGCAGAUAAAGUAACAAACGCUAUGCAAGACUUCGUGGCUGAAAAUUUAGGCCAACGCUUUAUAGAACCUCAAACCACGGAUUUAUCUCAAGUCUUCAAAGACUCAUCGCCGACCACUCCACUCAUAUUCGUCCUAUCUCCUGGUACGGAUCCAGCAUCCGCUUUGUAUAAAUUCGCAGAAGAAAUGAGGUUUCUAAAGAAAUUAAACGCCAUUUCAUUGGGACAGGGUCAAGGUCCUCGUGCAGAAGCGCUUAUGCAUAGUGCGAUGGAAAGGGGGAAGUGGGUGUUCUUUCAGAAUUGUCAUUUAGCACCCAGUUGGAUGCCCACUUUGGAAAGGUUAAUUGAGAACAUUGAUCCAGAUAAGGUACAUAGAGAUUUUAGACUGUGGGCCACAAGUAUGCCUAGUCCAAGAUUCCCUGUCUCGAUCUUGCAGAACAGCUCAAAAAUGACAGUGGAACCUCCCAAGGGAAUUAAAGCAAAUUUACUGAAAUCCUACGUGGGUUUGAACGAUGACUUUUUUCUAACAUGUAACAAGACGAGCGAGUUCAAAUCGCUACUUUUCUCAUUGUGUCUUUUUCAUGGGAGCGCUAUAGAGAGACGAAAGUACGGCCCGUUGGGUUUUAACAUUCCGUACGAAUUCACUGAAGGUGAUAUACAAAUUUGUAUCAGUCAGUUGGGCAUGUUCCUUGACGAGUAUCCGGACAUCCCUUACAAGGUUUUAAAAUACACGGCUGGUCACAUUAACUACGGUGGCCGUGUCACAGACGAUUGGGAUCGAAGAUGUAUUAUGACUGUUCUUGAAGAUUUCUACCAUCCCAAAGUCCUGGACCCAAAUCACGUGUUUUCGUCUUCCGGUAUUUACAGACAGCUAAAAGCGAACUCAGACCAUCUGACGUACAUGGAUUAUAUUCGUGGUCUACCCAUCAACGAUACUCCCGAAAUUUUCGGGUUGCACGACAACGCGAACAUAACGUUUGCUCAGAACGAAACGUUUUCUUUAUUGAAUGGUAUACUUCAACUACAGCCCAAAUCUUCUUCAAGUUCUGGUCGUUCAAGGGAAGAGAUCAUGGAAGAAACGGCUAAUGUUAUUUUAACACAAGUCCCAGAUGCUAUUUCUAUUGAAGAUGUGAUGACAAAAUAUCCAGUAAAAUAUGAAGAAUCCAUGAAUACUGUGUUAGCGCAAGAAGUGACACGUUACAACAAGCUCCUCACCACCGUAAAAAGCACUUUAAUGGAUUUAUUAAAAGCUUUAAAGGGAUUGGUUGUGAUGUCUGAGCAACUGGAAAUGAUGGCGAACAGCUUGUUCAAUAAUCAAGUACCCGGUAUUUGGGCUGGAAAGGCAUACCCUUCACUAAAACCUUUGGCUUCUUGGGUCACAGAUUUGAUCGCUCGCGUCAGGUUUAUUCAAGAUUGGAUAGAUAAUGGCAUACCACCGGUGUUUUGGAUAUCUGGCUUCUUUUUUCCGCAAGGUUUUCUCACUGGAACGUUACAGAAUUUCGCGAGAGCUGCGACUAUUUCUAUUGAUACUAUAACAUUCGAUUUCGAGGUAAUGAAGCAGUCUGCUGAUAAAAUAAAAGACAGACCAGAAACUGGUUGCUAUAUUACUGGUUUAUUCUUGGAGGGCGCAAGAUGGUGUUACACCACUCACGAGUUGGCCGAAAGUCGAGCGAAGGAGUUAUACACGGAUAUGCCGGUUAUAUGGCUAAAACCUUCUCCAAAUAGAGUAAAACCAAUUACUGGUAUUUACGAAUGUCCUGUGUAUAAAACGCUGACGCGAGCAGGCACACUUUCUACUACUGGCCAUUCAACGAACUUUGUACUUCCAGUCGAACUACCGACAGGAAAAUCGCAACCGUAUUGGAUCAAACAGGGUGUGGCUUUAAUGUGUGCACUAGAUUUUUAAACCUAGAAACUGUAAAUAUUCUUUCAAAUAUUUUCAAAUAUAAUUUAUUUUUGUAUAGCUAUAUUAUAAUCAGUAAAACUGUAAAUAUGUUUUUGUUGUGUUUUGAUUGAUUUGAAGUUUACAUAAACGCCAAUGAAAUUUGA